CUCGUCAUCAUCCUGACGAAGGGGCUCGUGGUCCUCCUGUGGAAUCGACCCACCAGAGGGAAUGUGCAGGACCGUCUCAGCCGUCCACCCGGCAAGACGAAGGCACCCCUGUCAUUACAUACAGAAGGAAGGCCUUGUCAACUGCUUCGUCUACUACCCGCCAGAAAGACUAUGGUGGUGCAUACGGGGAAGGGCUGCCCCGCAGGAGAUAAGCGAAGGAUCGGACGAGGAAACGGAGGAUGAUCCUGGGAUUGGUGUUGAUCAGCAUCCGCAGGGUAAUCAUGCCGUCGACGAUGAGGAAUGUGGGGUCGAAGAGGACGAUGUCGAAGAGGAGAAAAGGGAGAGAGAGAGAGAGGGAGAGGAUCGUGAGGAAUCUAUGCACGACUGCGAUGACGGGGAGUCUCGACAACACGACGAGGGGGACUAUGGGGGCGAUGGAGAAAACGAUGAUGCCUAUCCUGGCGAUGAUGAGGAUAGAGGGCAAGAAGCGUCACCUGAUGUGGAGGUCGAUGAGGGAACAGGAGAUUGGUCGGAGGGCAGUGUGCACAAAAGGAAGCGGCAUUCUUCAAUAAGUCAAACGGCGAUGGCGGAUAAACGCGCUGCGAAGAGACUCACUGUCGCUGCAUCUCGAGAGACACUCAGAGCUUCUCAAGAGGCGGUCGCAGAAAACGUGAAGAACCGCAAAGGGAAGGCGUCAACCAGGACGACAAAAGCGGAGAAACGUCCACUGAAAAGAAAGCAGAUGGUCGAUGAGGGUGACUCCGGAGAGGACGCCGAAGGGGUUGCUCCAAGGGCUCCGUCGGAACCGACACAACCUUCCGCUGACACCCGUUAUGACGCCAUCGACACAACACGGUGCUUCUUUUUGGAGUUCGAUGAGGAUGGGUUUGCGAAGAAGAAUCGGGAACACAUUCAAGUGGAUGUAACGAAGAUCUUGCCAAUUCUUGAAGGUGACAUCCUCUUCAACCAUAGAACAUUGGACAAAACGUUGGAAUUCGACGUCGCACUGGCUCAUACAUACCACUGGUAUGCUGUUGCUGGCCAGCACACGGCUGAGGCAAUGAACAUACUCAUUAAGGACAAGUCACCGGCCGAGAAAGUGUACGGCUUGAGGUCGUACUCUCACGUACGCGUUGUCUACUUUGAAGACGACAAAAAGAGAGGAUAUCCGUAUGUCUCGACAUUCGACAACACGAGGGAGGAGCGUUCCAUCCCGAGAUCGUUUUCGUCGUCUGUGCGACAAAUCAGAAGAUUUUGGGAUAAGAGGAAAGACCGGAUCCGUCCUCCGGGCACCAUGUCCCCGAAUGACGUCGAGGGAAUGGAACGGAAAAAGAAGUGGGAAGCAUUCAUGAACGCCGCCUGCAAAAUUACACCUGACUCCGGUCUCAUGAACUUGUCCCUGGAGAACGACUACUGCAAGGACUGGACGAACAAGAUGCGCGGAUACAUGAAUCUUGCGCAGUGCGGCGAGACGGUGCCGAGGCGUUUAGGUGGUCCUGAUGAGAUUCAUGGCGGGAAGGACCGGGACAUAUACUAUAAGCUCGGUAGAAAGAGGGAGAAAGUGUGGGCUUACUUGUUCGGUGACGCUCCACAGUCGGCGGUUGGUAACGACUACGUCAUCAGGAAAAGCCAACUCCAUGGCUCGCACAUGGGUGCUUUCCACAUGUUUGUCGCACGUUGUGAGCAUCUGUAUUUCAAUAUGAAGAAAAGAGCACUGUCAAGCCGGGGCUAUGCAGACUUGGCACGUAAAGCCGGCAACUUCAACAACAUCGAUUGCGACGAAGACACGUCAGACUCCGACCUGGACAUCCCGUCGCGCGCGGCACGAGGUGCGGCGGAGGGAGCGCGUGGCGAGGAGCCGCAAGGGAGCACCAACGGACCUGCAGAGAAGGCGAGUUCGAGUAUGGGAGCAACACGUGCGAGUGAGGGAAAUGUGGAAACAAGAAUGACUAGAAGGGGAGAAAGGAAUGGUGUACCAACAAACCCGGUGGGUGCGAGUGAGGGGAUAAUUAACUCACAGGGCAACACAGGGGGAGGAGAGAAUGGGUGUGCAAUGGCCCCGCCGACAGCUGGGCCAUCAUCGACACAUGCACCGCAGGCCGAGCAACGAACACUCAUGUCCAUGGACACCGAUGAAGACGAAGAGUUGGAUAUGGCAGCACUCACGCCGAAGCUCGUGCCAGGAAGACCGUUGCCUCAAGGCUUUGCCCCAGACCCUUCAGUGUCAUACUUGCUGCAGGACAAGUACAAAGAGUCAUCGGAGGAGGAUUGGGGUCAUCAUAUUCUCUGGCAUGAGGGUGUGUUCGAACCGUGUGUGUUUGCAAGCAAGUGGCAGAUGGCUGUGAAGACAAGAGACCGAGGGUGGGUCGUCAAGGAAAAAAAGGACUCUGCGAUAUGGCACAGCGUGACGAAAACGCAAAUUUUUCGGCGAGUUUUGGAAGAAAACGCCGGUGCAAGCGAGGAAGCUAUAGCGGCAAAGGGGAAAGCUUUGUUCGAGCAUCUGCGUGCGAACAAAAAGCUAGAAUUCAGCACAAAGUUCUACGACCUUGCAUCAAGUGUAUCGUACGGCUCCAUCAAUUGGAAAAUCGAACUGGCUUCAGCAGUACAAGGAAACGAUAGCAUCAACUCUCUGAAGACUCAGGACGUUAUCACAUCUAACACCAUCAUUCCGAUUGCCAGAGGGGAUCCAGCCUGCGAAGGAUGAACAGCAGCAAGCAUAUGCUCAACAAAGCACUCCGAGAAUC